AUGAUGAUGAUGAUGAAGAAACUGUCAACUACAGCUGCUGGUUCUGCUGCAGCUGCUGCAUUGGCCCUUGGCCUCCUUCUGUUGAGCCUCCCAGGCCACUGCCUCGGCGGACUCCAGGUCGGAUUCUACAAUGGAAAAUGCGGUCUAGUCAAGGUCGAGUCCGUCGUAGCUGCCAUUGUCACUGCCAGGUUCAUCAGGGACCCGACCAUCCUUGCUGCCCUCCUUCGCAUGCAGUUCCAUGAUUGCUUUGUCAAUGGGUGCGACGCAUCGAUACUGCUAGACGGGGACUUGAGUGAGAAAACUGCCUUUUUAAAUCUAAACUUGAGGGGCUAUGACAUCAUUGAUGAAGUGAAGGCUCCUCUGGAGAAUCUCUGCCCCGGUAUCAUCUCCUGUGCCGAUAUCAUAGCCAUGGCAGCCCCAGAUGCCGUUUUCUUGGCUGGUGGAGGGCAAUACAAUGUAGAAACAGGAAGGAGGGAUGGCUUAGUAUCCCUUGCUCAAAAUGUGAACCCCAGUUCUUCAAUGUCUGUGUCUCAAGCCAUUGCAGUAUUUGCAAGCAAGGGGCUCAGUUCUGCAGACAUGGUCUAUCUUCUUGGAGGGCACACGAUCGGCAUAGUGCACUGUUUGUUCUUCGUGGACCGUCUCUACAAUUUUCAAAACUCAGGAAAACCCGACCCAACCAUGGACCCAUGGCUGGCUGCUGUGUUGAGGCUGAUGUGCCCUCAGAAUGCAACAUCUGACAGCACUGCCGUUCUUGAUCAGGAUCUUCUAAGCUCAAAUAUUGUUGACAACUCUUACUACAAGCAAAUACUGUUGCAAAGGGGAAUUCUCCAAAUUGAUCAAGAGCUAGCACUAGACCCCCGAACCAGGCCAAUGGUGAGGGCGAUAGCUGGUGGUGGCUUUAGCUUCUCCGCCAAGUUCGGUGCAGCCAUGGUCAAGAUGGGAGCAGUCGAAGUCCUCACCGGUACACAAGGGGUGAUUAGGAGAUCUUGUCGAAUGAUUAAUAGUCUUCCAAAUGAAGACAUCAACAACCUGCUAAAUGAAAGAAAUAACUAA